AUGGAGUUUUCGCCGAGUGGGCUCGGCGAGCGGCUGCAGGGCCAUGCCCGCGACAUCAGCCACAUCUCGAGGUCGGAGUUCGAGCAUAUAAGGAAGGAGGUUGCGCGGCUGGAGGACCAGGUCCGCGAGCAGGCGGCGAUCAUUGAGCAGCUGCGCUACGAAGUGAACUGGUACGAGAACUGGAAGCACCGCAUGAAUACCAAGGUCCAGACCACCCUGACGCAAGUGGAACACGACAAGAGGGAGCUCGAGGAGCGCAUCCACGCCGCGGAGCAACGGGCCGCGCAGCUGCGGGAGGAACUGGAGCGGACCGCACGCCUCAGGGACGACGCCGAGGCGCAGCUGCAGGCAGCGGACGCCGCACGGUCCGAGCUGCGCGAGCAGCUCCGCGAGAAGGACGCGCAGCACGCUGCGGAACGUCAGACGCUGUCACGCAGCAUCGACAAGCUGCAACGCGAAGCCGCCGAGGCCCGCGAGGCGAAGGAGGCGGCCGAGCGCGAGCGCAGCGCCGCGCACGCGGAGCGCGACCGCGCGGUGCGGGACGCGGCGCAGGCCCGGCAGGAAGGCGACGCCGCGCGCACUGCAGCGGAGGCACAGAUGGCGCUGGUGCGGGAGCGGCAGGGCCUGGUCGCGAAGGAGCGCGAGGAGGUCGAGCGGCGCGAGGCGGAGGUGCGGGCGGCGAUGGAGGAGCUCGAGCAGCGGGAGGCGGAGGCCGCGCGUACUACGGCAGAAGCGAGGGCCAUGAUGGAGCAGGCGCGAGAGGAGGCGAGGGAGGUCGAGGCGAUGCAGGCGGAUCUGGAGAAGGCAGUUGCUGAGUACGACGACAAACUUGACGAACUGUUGGAGCAGCAGAAGGUCGCGGAGGCCGCGGCGGCGGCCAGGGAGCAGGAGGAGGCUCUGGCUGCGGAGCUGGACGACGUCACGCCCGCGCCGCGCCGGCGGGCCGCCGCGGGGCCGCGGAGCAAGACGUCGACGGCGAGAAAGCCGCCAGCGGCGCCGGCGACGGAGCCUGCGCCGCGGCGGUCGCGGAAGCGCGCUGCAGGCGAAGGGGACGACGUGGGCGACGCGGCGCCGGCGAGCGCGCGUGCGGCGCGGCCAGCGAAGCGCGGCAGCGCGGCGAAAAAGACCCCUGCGGUAGAAACGGAAGUCCCCCCCGCGACGGGGCGGUCGGUGCGCACGCGGCGCUCGGCGCGGCAGGCCUCGCCGUCGUACCUCCUGCGCCGCCUCGACGUCUCCGAGAGCGAGCUCUCCGACGCGGCGGCGGACGGAGGGACGACGAUUGCACAGCGCGUGCACAGGGGGCACGCGGAGGAGGACGCGGAGGAGCAGGGCGCGGCGGGGGCGAGGAGCGCGCCGCGGACGACCGGCCGGGCCCGGCGGACGGCGGGCAUGCCUGGGAUUCCGGAGCAGGCGACGCCGGCGGCGCGCGGGGGCGACGCGGUGAGGAGUCCGCCCAGGACGCGGGGGCGCACGCGCGCGCAGGCGGGCGGGGCGAGUUGA